AUCUGUCUCUGUAUUCAUCUCCUUGACAGUUUUCUUCCUUUCUGCGUGACUCUUGAGACUCUUCUUGGAUUGAAUCUUGGAUAUGGCAAUGGCCGCCUCCAUGGCUCUGUUGCCUCUGCACACGCAGCUGCCCUCCUCCCCUCCUGUGCUGUACAGCCACAGCAAUGCCAUCAGGAAAGGCGGGACCUUGUCGGACAGAGCUCUCCGAUUGAGGUUGAGGUUAAACCCGAUAACUGGAGGAGAGGGAAGAAUAAGAAGAGGAGGACUGGUAGUUGUGGCUUCGGGCAAUGCCGUUGGCGCUCCUUUCUGGGACAGCUUGAAACCCGAGAAGCCGGCUGCAGCACCGCUUCUUAGUGAUGUUCUCUGGCCUGCUGCAGGGGCGUUUGCUGCAAUGGCCAUGCUCGGGAAGAUUGACCAGAUAUUGGCGCCGAAAGGACUUUCCAUGACGAUUGCCCCCCUCGGAGCUGUCUGCGCUGUCCUCUUCACUGCCCCUUCUUCCCCGGGCGCUCGGAAGUAUAACAUAUUCAUGGCUCAAGUAGGGUGUGCCGCCAUCGGAGUUCUCACUUUUACCAUCUUCGGCUCGGGCUGGCUCGCUAGAGCCACUGCACUUGCUGCAUCAAUAGCUUUCAUGAUCUACACUCGCUCAACUCAUCCACCUGCUGCGAGUUUGCCGAUUCUAUUCAUCGAUGCAGCCAAGUUGCAUCACUUGAAUUACUGGUAUGCUGUGUUCCCCGGCGCCACCAGUUGCAUCCUCCUAUGUUUGAUUCAAGAGAUUGUGUCUUACCUGAAGGAGAACGUCAAAUUUUAACCCCGUCGACUCUUCGCUUGGACCAAUCAUCCCCUCAAGUCUUCAAAUCCAGAGCAAGUCGUUCCCAAGAAACUCCUGCAUUGCUCGAUUCACCAAUCGUGAUCCACAAAUCGUGAUCCGUGUACAUUUGAUGGCAAAUUUACAUUGUACAGGUCACAUAGCAUGUCGAAUGUCUAAACUGAGACCGACAAGAUUAGUCGUUAAUGAAGAAACCAAAUACAAAUCCAUUUCUUGUGCCCUCCGUCAUGUAUCAAUGCUUGUCAGCCAUAAUGAUUCGGAAACGACAGAGAUUCUGUAUGGAUGACAAAACUUGUUUGAAUCCUCUUAGUUGGUCAUCAUUUUCUGUACGAUGGUC